AUGCCUGAAGAAACUGGCUGUGUUAUGACAAACAAUGCACUCCAUCAGAUCUUAAAACUUAUGCCGGUAAUGCUUUUGCAAACUAAAACUGGUGCAAUAAUUCUGAAUCUUCACGAGUUUGUCUACACGCCUGGUGCGAUUGAGGCCCUGUUGCUCUGUAGUGACAUCCAUGAUGAUAUCGAUAGUGAUUCUGAACUUCACAACCAUUCGGACUUGAGUGAGACAUGUACUCGUCAAACAGCCAGUAACCAAACUGCGAAAACAACUCAUGGUCAACCUUCCAUUUCUUCAAAAUUUCCAGACUUGGUGAAUAUUGCUGCAGAUUUUGUAAAACAACAAGGGUUUGCUGCCCAAAGUCGUUGUCGCACAGAAACUGGGAGUAGUUCUGGUGUUUCGGUGGCACAAAUUCGUGAACAUCUUUUAGACAAAGUCCCGGGAUUGAGAGAGCAUAAGCAUAUCGAUUUCAACAACUAG